AUGGCUGAUAAAAAAAUAUUUAGGGAAAUAGAAGGUAUUUUUGGCUGGAUAGAGGAGAUAAACAAAUAAUAAAAUAAAGAUGACGACUCAGCGUAAUUAGAUUGGAAGUAAUAGUUGACAGAAUUCUUUAAAUUUAUUGGAGUGGAUGAUAUAACUGAAGAAGAGAUAAAUGCAUUAAAUGAGUUAGCGAUGAUUAAAAAAGAAGAGCAACUUAAAAGAGAAAAGCAUUAAGAAAAUAAAUUUAGAGAUUACAACGAGGAUAAUAAGCUCACAUAUAAAGAUUUAAUGAGAGUUUUUAUACCAGAUGAUGAUUUAACAGAAAAAUAAAUAGAGACUGAUUUGGAAAAAGAAAAGAAAGAGUUGAUGAAUGCAUUUAGAAUACUAACUCCCAAUAAGAGUGGUGAUACAAUUGAAAUAUCAAGGUUAAAAAAGAUGAUCUUUCUACAUGAAAAAGAAUAUACAGGUCAAAAGUAGACCAAGCAUGGUUAAAAUGAAAAAGAGGAGUAAAAAGAAAAGGAGAGAGCAAUGUAAAAAAUAGAAGACAUAUUAAGCGACCUUAAAAUAGAAGGAGGAGGAUCAGAUACAUUUAAUUUUAAAGAGUAUUUAGAUGAUUAAUUCAAAAUUAAAAAGCAAUGA